AUGGCGUCAAAUAAAGUAAUACUUAAUGUUGGUGGUGAAAAAUAUACAACAAGCAUCGAUACAUUAACAGCAAGAGAACAAGGGACUUUCUUUACGGAUCUCUUUGCACGUCAAUGGCAACUUGAACGUGAUCCUAAAGAUGAUAGUAUUUUUAUUGAUCGCAAUGGGAAACUUUUUGCACAUAUUCUCGAAUAUUUACGAACAGGUGUCAUAUCAAAUAGUGUAAAAAGUGAUGAAUCACUCCGACAAAGUCUCGUUAUCGAAUCUGAUUUUUAUCGUUUACCAAAAUUACAAAAUUUAUUAGCAAAACCAACAUUUGCUGGUUCGACUUUAUUAGAAAGUUAUGAACAUAAACAAAAAUUAAAUGAAUUUUAUGGUAACCCUGAUCAACAAUGGGAAUUAAUUUAUAAAGCAACACGUGAUGGAUUUUCAACAGAGGCAUUUCAUAAAAAAUGUGACAAAAAAGGAUCUACUAUGACUAUUAUCCAAUCGGCUAAAAAAUUUAUUUUUGGAGGUUAUACAUCAGUUCCAUGGAGUUCGGAUUGUGGUCCUAAAAAAGAUACGCAAGCAUUCUUAUUUACCUUGACUAAUCCUCAUAAUAUUCCACCUACAAAAUAUCCAAUUAAUCCUGCUAAAACACUCAAUGCAGUUUAUCACUUUUAUGCACAUGGGCCUAAUUUUGGUGAUAACGCUGAUAUAUAUGUGACUACUAACAGCAAUAAAACUGAUCAGUUUCCCAGAAGUUUUACAAAAUUUCCGAUCUCAUAUAUGGAUACAACUGGACAAGGUGACAAAACAUUUACUGGAGAACGUGAUUUUACUACAUGCGACAUCGAAGUAUUCAAACUCGCUAAUUAA